AUGGCCUUCUCAUCCGUCGUCGUCUUCCUCCCAGACGAUUCUUUGGAGCUCUUUGAGCAACCCGGGGAUCUUACAGCCGCCUCCGUGCUGCGCCAAUAUCCUGCCCACCAGCUCCAGCUGCACGUCGGCGCGCGUCGCGCCCUCGUCCCCGCGGAUAAGGUUCUCGAACCCGGCAGCACCUACCACGUCGUCCCCGUGAAUAGCGCGGAAGCCGUGACGGUUGCGGGUGGGGCUCAUGGUAGCGGCGGUGACGGUAAGGGGAGUCGACCGCGAACGCCGACGUUGGACUUUUCGACGAGGACUGUCGGCGGCGCCGCUAGAGGCGGCGGUAGUUGCGGCGCUGACUCGGAUCGAUGCGCGUUUCCGCCUUUACAGGACGGCAAGGGUCACGCAGUCGCGGGCUCCGCCGCUGCCGCCGGCGCGGCGAUGGCUGCUGGUGACGAGGAGGAGCAGGACGCGGUGCCGCCACUUCGCGCGAGUCGCGGCGGAAACUCCGCUGAAGACGACGCGCGCGCUGGGAUGGCGGCGACGGCGGCGGCGAUGAUGCUGACUGGGCGCGCUGGCGGCGCGGGCAUUCCGCAACGAGACGGGUUUCUGCGACUUAUGGCGGAGGUGAGACGAGACGACAUUUCUGCGACUCACAGGCGUGAGAAGCACAGCAUUCACGACGGUUGUGACGGAGCCGCGGAGCUGGAUCUAGGCCCGCCCGUCAUUCGCUCCAACCGCAAAUCGCGGAGCAACCAGGCGCCAGGAGAUAGCAGCAGAGGCGGUAGAGAGGGGCCCGAAUCCCACACAGGGGCUGACGGCGAAGAGGACAACGAGGAGGGGGAGGAGAGGCUAGGAGGUGAUAGCCCACGCCGGCCUAGAAUGUCGGAGGACUUUAUAUCGGUAGCGAACACAUGCAUGACGGAUCCGGAUAUGUCCGGUGGGGAGAAGAAGCGCACGCUGGCUGCUGAGCUGGCGGACAUGUCGACCACGAUGACGAAUGUGAUGGUCCAGUCGCGCAUGAUGCGGGGAGGCGUGGUGUAG